AGGCUUGUGGAGAUAGAACCUUAAAACCUAUUUUGUAAAUAAUUUUUCAUAGUUUUCGCAUGUAUUUUCAUAUUCUGUACAUUAAGCAUUAAACAAUUGUACUUGUUGUUUAACUGUAUUACUUUGAACGCUUGUAACACUCCUUCCUUCCGUUUUGAGUACAACAUACCGUGCCACUGUUAAUUCUCCUCAACAAAUACACUCUAAUUCACGUCUGCAUCGUUCUGCCCUGUCUGCUAAUAUGUUGAAUGAAAUAUUAAUUGCAUACCAUCUACGUUUAUAGACAAUUGCGACAUUCUUAUUGAAUUCUACGCUUGGUGAAACUACUGGAUCUAUAUCGUCCAUAUUGGGAUUAUUAAUUUUGUUAUAAUUGUGGAGUAUCUGGACCAAACCCAGCCGAACACGCAAUAGCCUGAAGACUUAAAAUUUAUAUUACAAUGAACAAAACAGACUGGAGACCUGAGAACACGGUUGUUUGUAUUGACGUUAAAAAUCGUUCACAAUAUCCAGCAAACGAACAGCUGGGGCACAAUAUUAUAGUUGAAGGCUUAAGAAGUAAUACAUUGAAGUCCAUUAGUGCAACCUCACAUUCAUUCUCCAAUGAUGGCUUAAUUCCAAUUCGUAAUGAAUCAAAGAACUAUUUGUCUUCAUUCAAAUUGACAACUGCACAAUACUUUUCAACAACUAUUAGAAAACAUCACAAAUGUGUACAGAUGGCUGUGAAAAGUAAAGAUAUGACAAAAGCUAUGCAUCAUAUUGAUCAGUGUAUUAAAUUGGCGCCACACAAUGCCAAGUUUCUUAUAGAACGCUCUGAAAUUUAUAUCAAGCUGUCAGAUUAUCAACAUGCAAUAAGCGACUUACACUUGGCCAUAUCUUUAGGGUCAAAAUCACUAGACACCCUGUCAAUAAAUCGAGGCUUAGCAAAUGCUGAUUCAGAGUCACCAUCUAUCAUGUCUGCAAGUUUAAAUCGCACAGAAUAUGAAAAUGCUGUAUUAAUGACUGGUCACCUUCACAUCGUUCAUGGAGAGAAUUUAAAAUAUCAAAGAAAAUUGGAAGAAGCCCUAAAACAAUAUGAGCUAGGCAGAAGCUUCAUUGAUCAAUAUGCUCAGAUAAAAGACUUAAUCACUAACUCAUCUAUCACACCAGGAACAUUGGUAACAUUGAUGGGUGUUUUACAAGUUUAUGAAUCAAUGGAACGUAAUGAUGACUAUGUGAAUUUGAUAACAAAAUGUAUAAAUGAUUUGGAAAACGAAAAUUUGGAAAUUCCAGAGGAAAUACUAAUGGGAAAUCCUAUUCUAACCUCGAGAUUAUAUGUACCUCAAUUAUCCGAUCUGUUGUAUGCACGAGCUAAUCUAUUAUCGAAACAACAUGGUCAGUCAAUAAUUCAAGCUUACUAUGAUUUGAAAAAAGCAUUGCGUAAUUGUCCAAAUCAUUUAGAAAGUUACAAUUUAUUACAUCAACUUGAAAUUAUAUCUUCCAAUAAACAAGAAGAAGCUAUUGAAUUAAUGUUGAAAAAUCGUUUCUUUGAUUCAUUACAUUCAAUCACUAUAGCGAUUUAUGCCCAACCAGAGAAUAUUUCAUUAUAUUUUGAUAAAGGAGCAAUUUUAAGGAAACUUGACCGAUUAACCGAGUCUCUAGAUUGUAUUAUGCAUGGAAUAAAUUUAUUCAAUACAUGGAAUGAUACUGAUAAGAAGAACUCAGCCGAUCUGUACCAAUUAGGGAGAAAUCAGUUAUUUCUUACAAUAAACUCUUAUGCAAUAAAGCUAUUAAAACAAGAGAAAUAUCAAGAGUCAAAUGAAUUGAUUCGUCAACUCUUGAAAGUGGAUCCUAAAAAUUAUAGAUUACUGAUUUUAUCUGGUGACUGUCAAUAUUUCAUGAGGAAUUAUGAAAAAUCACUUAAAGAAUAUGAAAACGCAAAAUCAAUAAUUAGUAAACUAUUGACCGAUUCUAACCAUUGCAUUUGUAAUAACAAUAUGAUGAAAAUUCCCGAAAGUAUUAAUUCAAUCAAUGGAAGAAUCUGUUUAACUUGUUACCAGUUAAGUAAAAAUCGAAUUAAACAAAGUGAUUGGUCAAAUGCAAUAAAUUAUUUAGAUCGCUGUAUUUGUUUAGCACCAUUCCAAUCAGAAUUUUACAUGACACGUGCAUUAGUUCAUUAUCAAUCAAACCAUACCAAGCAUUCAUGGAAUGAUAUAUUAAUUUUCAUUUAUUUGAAUUUAAGUGAUUGGGCAUUGUUUCAAAGAACAAACGGUAAAUGGUCUAUAUAUCCAAUGUGGUAUCAAACUAUUGUACAUAAUCGAUUCCUUAGUCAAGUUAAUGAACAAAUCGGUCCAUUAAUUCAUCGUCUCACACCAAAAUAUAUUGAUUUGGUAAAAGUUGCGAAUUCUAAGGAAUGUGAAUUGUCUUUACUAAGGAAUUUAAGAAGAAUAAUUAAUGAAAACAAAUGUGCCACAUGUCAGAGAGCCAGUCAUUCUUCAACUACCAAAAUUACCUUUCCUACUAAUGGUAAUCAACAGACGUUAGAAAAUCCGAUUGAUUGGUUGCAUAAUCGUGUAUCGUUUAAUUUAUUUUCAGAGCCUAGGGAUGACUGUGUUGCUAAAAUGCCUUUCAUAAAUUCAAAUGAUAUUACUCAGAAAACGUUUACUGAUGUAUGUGAAUAUGAGUACAAGCAAAUCAAUGCCAAAAUUAAAGAAAUUCGUCAGAGGAAUUUUCCCAGACAAUUCAUGCACACGAAAUGAGCUCCAUUAUUCUAACUGUAAUUGAAUGCUGUUAUGGUUAUUUUGGUUGUUGUUUAUUUAUUCCUCAUUUAGUAAAAUUAUCACUUUGAUGUUUCAAGAUUUUUGUUUAUUUGUAUCUCUUUUUCGGUUUACGUCUUAUUCAGAGCAAAACAAGUAAUUUAUUUGUCAAUUUUUAGCAGUAAACUUAUUUCUUAAACAGUGAAACGACAUCGAAGUUGUUUUGACGAGACCACUGUUGUUAAAUAACAAGGUUUUACGAAUUAUCAAUUAUGACAAAUUAGUAAAUACUUUGGAUCCAUGCACAAGAAUAGCUGAUAUUUGUCUGUGAGAUAUACUCAAGAUUAUCGUACAGCCUGGAUUCCAUACCUUCAACCACCUAACAUCACAUAAAGAAUACUACAUUGAUGUGCUAAUUGAAUUGAUUGGAAUACAGCUUAACCGAUUGUAUCUCAACACUGGAAAUGUUGCUUGGCUCUACUUAAAUACGUCUUUUAAGUCUUAUUUAUCUCGAUUAGAUGAAUAAAUAGACAAAUAUUUACUAUGAGCAUUCUUUGGAAUGAUACGUCAUAAUAUUGAACUCCUUUCUGGAAGUCACACUGAACAUCUCGUUCAUUGGAUGGACCCUCUAAAUUAAAUAAAUGGGAUGUUCUGGUCACCUGAACUUAAACAGGUCUUCAACAGUUAUGAAACAGUUCGGAAAUAGAUAAUUUUUUGUAAAACUUUGACGAAUAACAGCAAGCCACUGUUCUGGUGAACACUCCAAUCAUGAAAUUGGUCAUUUUUAAAAUCCACGUAUUGGAGUAAUGUGACUUUUGUACAGUAAUUUUCAUUAUUGAGUUUCAGUACAUUUUAUACUUAAAAAUUCAUUCAGUACGAUAUUAGUUUAUUUGAACUUCAGUAUAAAUUCAUCGUACAAACUAACACACAACGAUUUCGCCUUCCAUCGACAAUCGCUCAGUUACAUCAAACUCUGCAACCAAUAAUCGUUAAAUUUGAUCAGCGUAUAAUUGAAUUCACCCUAAUGUAGAUAAAUCUUUCGGGAUCUCACCGGAUGACAUGUGCUCACUCCUUCAAUGCUGUAAGCCUUUCGCAUUUAUUGAUAAAUUAAAAGUGCAUUAUUCAUUCUCGUAUUGCGUCAAAGAAGACUAUUUCAGUUGUAAUCAAAGAAGACAUAAACAAGUUGUACGAAUAAAUUAUGUGGUGAAAUUUGCCACUGAAUGUUGACAAAAGUGAAUUUAUUUACAUCGACCACGGCCUUAACCUGAUUCUGGUUAUACACAAACACAUUAUGAAACAACCUCAACAUGGACCUGGUAUGUAACGUUGACGCGAUGCCCCUUUGGAAAAUAUUUUGAAGAAAAAACGUUAUAUGUGAACGAAUGAA